AUGGUACUUGAUGGUCAACUUGAUACAUAUAUUAUCGAUUAUCCCAAAGAAUUUUCAUCAGUGGAGCUCAUGGUACUUGAUGGUCAACUUGAUACAUAUAUUAUCGAUAUACUAUCCCGUAAUGAGUUCUUAAUGUUGAAUGGAAUUGUUGAUCUUGCUAAAAAAAUGGUGGAGACUGAAAGAGACAAAGUAUAUCCAUUGGUGUAUUUGCUCUUGACUUUAACAUUAAUCUUACCUAUUGCAACUGCUAUUGUUGAGAGGGUAUUUUUAGCUAUGAAUAUUGUGAAGAAUCGGUUGCGGAACCAAAUGGGUGAUAAAUGGAUGAAUGAUAGCUUGGUUGUCUACUUUGAGAGAUAUUUUUGA